AUGGUUGAGAAAUCAUCGCGACCCGCGGUUCAAAAAAUCAACAACCAAAAUGUCGCGCUCAUUGUGAAUCCCAAAAACCACCAAUUUAAUUUGUUGGCAUGCGUAAGUAUGGGCACGACGGAACAAACCCACGACGCCACGCACUGCAGUAGUUCCGAGUCGGAUGCAGACUCAGGGUCGGAAUCCAGUGGUUCCACCUCCAGUUCCGAGGGCUCAUCUAUGGUGGCCCGACCGGUUUACGUGAAACGCAGCCAUGCGGGGAAACCAGAGACAUUUGGCAGCCGGCUGCAACAGGCAAAAUCACAAGUACUUAAGAAGGCAGAAUUCCAGCAAAAAAUCACCCGCGAACAAGUGGUGCAAGUAGACGAUACUGACGAUAUCGAUCCAGAAAAAGAGUAUAUAGAAUGGCAGCUUCGUGAGCGGAGACGUCUUGAGCGAGAUAGGGCUGCGAUGGACGAAAUUGAAAAUGCCAAGAAUGACGCCGUUAGGUCGAAACUUGCAUCCUAG